GUCAAGCUUUUUUAAUUUAAAAAGUAUGUUUACAUCAGAAACACAAUUUAGAAUGUACAAGUAAGUUUCAGUUUCGAAGCACCCAAAAAGAGAAGGAAAUGCAAAAUGACAGGUUUUAUUCUGAUGGUAUGUAAAGUGUUAGUUUGGAAAUACAGCUCAUCACUUUUCCGGUGUGGUAAAAGGGUAAAAAUUAGAAGCCAAUCAGAGGACUCUGACAUGGUCUCUACAUACAUUGAAGCAGAUCAUUUCUUUAAAGGUUUCAUUUACAACACGCCUCAAGUGGAAUAACAAAUAUGCUGAUUUUUUUUCAUUUACUGUUGGUGUUUGGAGAAAUGUGUUGUGCUAAUGAUUUAUUCUAUGAGACAAAGGCUGUGAAAGUUGGAGAUCAUGUGAAGUUAAACUGUUCACGCGGGUCUGCAGGAGAGCUUGUAUGGAUGAGAAUAGUUUCUGAUAAUCCUCCAGAAAAUCUAACUGAAAAUAAGACUCCUAAUGUUAAAGUGAAUCCAGAACCUGGAUCGCUUGAACUGAAAAUAGCAAAAGCACAGCUGAGCGAUACUGCACUUUACAUUUGUAUGAGGAAAAAAAAUGGACAUCUUCUGUCUUUUAAUGUGACAUACUUGAUAGUUGAAGAAACUGCUAAACCUGCUGUGACGGAAGCCCCUCCUUCUACUCCAUCUAUUCCUGUUUGCCCAGUAAACUCUUUGACUUUGCAAUGUACCAUUCUUCAUGACUCCCUGAAGAAUUCAUGUCUAUCCAAUGACAGUGUGUUGUGUUUCAACAAUAAAUCUAAUUAUUCGUACCUAAAUAAUACUAAAGAUAACAGAGUAAAUGAAAAUGCAAACAACUCUGAGGGGACAUCAGUAAACAAAUGUUUUCCCGGUGUUUUUAAAAACCUGACUUUUUCUGAUGGUCGGACAUAUUACUGUGCUGUUCCGAAACGUGCGGAGAAAACACCAGAGGAAACAUCACAAACUAACAGUGGAGUUGGCGGUUCAACUUCAAAGGAGGAUGAAACAGUUAGAAACUGUUUAACUGCUGCUUUGGUCAUCAGUCAAAUAGUUAUAGUUUUCCUGUUGUAUUUGGUGAAAAAGCUAAAGACAGAAUCAAACGAUUCCUCUGAUGGUCCUCAGCAAAUAUUAACAUCAGCCGGCGGUGAUCAGGAGAACCAGCAGGAAAAUGAAGACACGCUGGUUUAUGCAGCGCCAGUUUUUACUGGGAGAAAAACAAGGAAGACAAAAAAAAGAGUCAGACAAGACCAAAGUGAAGAAACUAUAUACUCAAGUGUCCAUGGACUUUAAAUCGUGAUGCAAAUUUGCAGCCACCUGAAAUAUGUGGGUAAAACUUUGAUUUGGUGGGUGGAAAAGAAGUUCACUUGGCCUUUUGGCAGGUGAGGCAUUGUUGAUGAUCUCUGACAGGGGGCUUGAACUCACAACCAUGACUAUUAACUGUCUACAUCCCCUCCACUUGGCUACCACAAACAUCCAUCCCAGAAUUGGAUCAAACAUUUAAAUCUGACUUUAUUGUGCAGAUUUAAUACUCAAAUACACAGCAGCUUGCAUGGAAUGUCUUCACUUAUGUGCUUUCAUUAAGAACUCAAGAUUGCUGCAUUCAGGACCGCUGGUAAUUUCUACCAUUUGCUCACACAGACCUCAGCUAACGCAAACACACACUCACUUAUUGCUACAUGUCUUUGUAACUCUUUGAAGUGACUAAGACUCACAACUACAACACACUGAUCUGUAAAAAAAACACACAAUGUUGCAAAACGUUGCACACAUUAAUGCAUGACAUUU